AGAAAUCAAAAGAACUGGGGGCGCUGGGAAACUAUAAGAAAUUCGGAUCUCGGUGUCCACGCUCGUUUGCUUAUGUAACUAACGCCUGUGGCCGCUUUCUCUGCAGCGACAGCAGAGCUGAGCGGCUGCCCUCAAAGCCUAAUGAAAUCAUGGACUGACCUGGCAUUUCGCUGAGGAAAUUUCAGGAAGACUUGAUUUUCAAAGCUAAUUAUGAAAACAUUUGUCAUUGGAAUCAGUGGUGUGACAAAUGGCGGGAAGACAACACUGGCUAAGAAUUUGCAGAAACACCUCCCAAACUGCAGUGUCAUAUCUCAGGAUGAUUUCUUUAAGAGUCCUGAGAUAGCGAAAGAUACAAAUGGAUUUCUGCAGUAUGACGUGCUUGAAGCGCUUAAUAUGGAUGAAAUGAUGUCCACCAUUUCCUGCUGGAUGGAAAACCCAUCAACAGACUCUGGAAGCACCGAAGAAAUUCCCAUAUUAAUCAUCGAAGGCUUCCUUCUCUUUAAUUAUAAGCCUCUAGACACUCUAUGGAACAGAAGCUAUUUUCUGACGAUUCCAUAUGAAGAAUGUAAGAGGAGGAGGAGUAAAAGGGUCUACAAGCCUCCAGUGCCAGGGUACUUUGAUGGCCACGUGUGGCCCAUGUAUCUAAAGCACAGACAAGAAAUGGAGAACAUCACCCGUAACAUUGUUUACCUAGAUGGAACAAAAUCCGAAGAGGAACUCUUUACACAAGUGUAUGAAGAUCUAUUACAAGAACUAGCAAAGCAAAAGUGUAAGUAUUGUGGCUGGUGAAGGAACAGCCAGGAAAAGAGUUCAUUACAUACCCACGAAUGGUUUACCAGAAUGCUCAUAUAGGAGUGAUUGUAUGCAUUCAUUCAUUGCUUUAAAGAAUGGGUUUGGGGACUUGAUUAUUUUUUUUAUG